CUUAUCACAUGAUGGACUGCAUAGCUCAGCUCAUUUUCUCAAUUUCUCACGGUUUGCUGGAGAGCGUAGCAGCUAGUAGCAUAUCAAGCUAGCUAGCAACGCGAGUAUUAGCUGUGCACGCUGAAGAUUGUUCUGGAUGCUAGCUGAAUAGCAUGGAUGGGUCAGUGGUUACCGUGGUGAUCCUGGGGGAGGAAGGAGUGGGCAAGAAAUCAUUCAUCAAGAUGAUAGAGAAAUAUGCAAUGGGAGUUUAUCGGAAUCCAUGUAUUUUGGACAUAUGUGGUCGUCAAGUGAAAGUACGAUUCGUGGUUAACCCCGAUCGCUCCACACUUAUACCCACCACCACCAUCGUGAUUUUACUCUUUGAUCUUACAAACGAGGCUAGCUUCUCUGCGCUAACGGAUGGUCUGGAAACUGCCCAACGAGUGUCACCAGUCUCUCUCCGCGCUGUAGUGGGGACUAAAGCUGAUCUGGUGGAGGGAGAAAGAGUUAUCACUUCUGAGAGAGCUAUGGAGUACUGUCGGGUGCACAGCGAGGGCCCCCAACCCAUGCCCUACUAUGAGACUUCUAUAGAGCCCAUGGAAUGUGCAUUUAUUGCAUUUCAAGAGAUUGUGGCACGUCCGCUUAUCAAUGAAUACAUUAUAAAGUCUGAUACUGAGCGAGAACAAAUAAGUUUCGCACACGAGUUAAUGGAUUGGGCCUUACAAAACAACAGUGCCAACAUGCUCACACAUCUUCGUAACCUUGGCUACGCUGUACCACCUGAGCUCAUUGAAAGAGACCCACACCUGUUUGGAGAAUACCUCCUAUGUGAGUACCCUCUGCGAGUCAUCCCCCACUUCAGGACGCUAGAGCUUGAAGAGACAUCAGCUGCUCAUGGAUUUGAGGAUUCAGAGCUGGACGAUUUCGACAAAGAGCCUCUUGCCGUGCAAGAUACUCGGCCCACCAUUGAGGUCACACCCACUCACCACCUCCACUGGUCAGACAUCUCACUGACACUGUUCCCUCCUUCUCUCCUGCCCAGUGAAAGCCACCUCCUCACACACAUUGACGUCUCCAAUAACAAUCUGAGUUCUGUCCCGACGGAAUUGUUCCAGCUGCCCUAUAUAGAAACACUCAACAUUUCUCGCAACUUCUUGACACAGCUCCCCUGUAUUGAGCAUUGGAACACAGACUCUAGUCUUCAAGUUCUCUAUGCUUCUCACAACUCCAUCUCGUGCGAUGCCUACAGUCCCCUGCUGUAUAGGAGGGGAGAGCGAGGAAGGAGACAGCCAUUUAAAGAGCUAUGGUGUGUGGAUCUCAGCUGGAAUAGGCUCAGUAGCUUCCCAAUGUUUGUGCUGCAUUUCCCUCUCAAGCUACUGGACAUAUCACACAACCCAAAGGUGAUGCAGCUGCCAGUGGAGCUGGGGCGUCUAGCUCUGUCAGUACUCCAAAUAGAUGGUCUAUGUCUCACUGAUCCGCCCCCCUUUGUCGUGGCCGAGGGUACACAGGGGAUCAUCAACUACCUCAAGUUACGAGGCAGGUCCAGCUCACCGUGGAGUAGCAUCAGAGUGGCAGUGGUUGGGGAGGCGGCGGCAGGUAAGAGCUUCCUCGUCAACAGACUCAUCAACAACGACUCUCUUGUCAACGUCACUCCCACCAAAGGAUUACAGGUUGUUCAGUGGAAGUACAGAGGAGGUGACAUUUUGUCUCCGUUUCGGAACCGUUGGUUCACCUUUGACCUCUGGGACUUUAGCGGCAACCCUGAGUACCGCUGCAUAUACUCGUGCUUCAACUGCUCCAGCUCAGUGCACUUGGUGGUGGCGAAUGCUAUCCGCCCACACGAUGAGCUGGUCAAGUGGCUCUCAGAUAUUCAGGCUAUGUGCCGAUACCGUGUUCCCGUGGUGAUCGUGUUCACUCACAUGGACUAUCUCAAGAGCAAGGAGGCACGAGACGAGUUUAAACGGGAGAGGCUACACUGGAUUGGACAUUACAACAAGAAGGGUGACCUGGCUGGUGAGACAGUGACUCUGCAGGUGUCCUUGUCUGCAAGUGUCCGCUCACUACCCGGGGAGAAGCCCUUCCCUUCCUCUCAUGCUCCACAAGAAGCCUUUGACUUGGAGAAGUUUGCUGGUCUUGAUAUCCCCAUCAUGCCCAUGGUGAUUCGAACCCACUUUGUGAACAAUAUGACAGGAGAGGGUGUGGCUAGUGUCAGAAAGACUCUGUACAAGAUUGCGACUGGGUCCUUCACCCCCUCCUGUCUGGUGCUCCACCCAGUGCUCCAGUUGGUCAGACAGGAUGUACCCACUGCAUACGUGCGUCUGGAGCAAAUCAUUCGUGAUAUGAGGAUCUCCCUACACAAGUCAGGGCGUGAGGGGGAGCAGCGGCCAUUUUACACUCUGGAGCAGUUUGGAGAGAAGAUGCAUCAGUCAAUGAAAGAGGCGAAAAUACGAGAGAGUGACCUCAUACCAGGACUCAGAUUCCUGCACAAUUUGGGUUUUGUGCUGAUCCACGAUUGCUCGUACGACAAGUCUCUCCUGAUCUCAAUAGACCCUCAAAUGGUAGGGUUCCUCUUCCAGAGGAUGAUCCGGGCCGGACUCAUUGCCAAGGAAACUGAACCCUCGUUCUUUCAUCUCCCAAACACACACCUCUUCAUGCUGUGGGGGGUCGACCCUGUGUGGUCUCACGAGGCUGACCACACCCACUCCGUCUCGACCAGACAGCUUCUAGACUUUCUCUACUCCACAAAUAUCUUUGCCCCUCUCAUACCUGGAGUCAUGCUACUGCCUUCUCUCCUGCCACACACUCUACCACGAUCGUGUGACCCAGAGUCAGACUCUCUCAUUCCAAGAAGAACGUACUUCUUCUCAUAUCUUCCCUCCAUCUUCUCCGCCCAGCUCAUCGCUAGAGUGGUGUCCAAGAUACAGCCAACUGCCUCUCAACCACUCUCCCCCGGCCAUACCACACCCACUCUCACCUUGCCCAUACUCACUGCCUCAGGGUACAGAGUCCACCUGUGGCGUAGGAACCUGUUCAUUGAGGACACUCAGGACAACUCUAAGAUGUGGAUGUAUGUACGAGAGGGCAAGGCAGUGGGUCCGGACACCUCCCCCCAUUGUGGGCGUGUUGAUAUCCUCCUGAACGCACCCCUAGAGAGAGAGGCACUCUGGCUGAGACUAGUCUCCACUGAGAUUGACCAGCUAAUUCCACAAGAGUACCCCACCCUUCUCGAGCCCCCCCAUCAAGUGGAUAGUUUCUUUCCUUUGAGACCGGAGGCAAUCAGUGGGAGCAGCAGCACUGAAGAGACGAGGGAUGUCGCGUGUGCCCCACCCCUCCCAAACUGUGGAUCCCUGCCAGCAGGAAGCCCCUCCCUCUCUCAGAUGAGCGAUAACUCCGAGUGGGAGGUUAUCUCCAAGCAGAGCACCACAAGUACCCGUCUUAGCAUGAGGGUGGAGCUGGGCUCUCCACAGACACACCUCGUCGCCCUCUGGGACUGCCUACAGGAGGCAUUCAAAGCACCUGUAAUUCAAGUCAACUCUAGUCGACUAAUUCUUCGCAAUGCUCUUCCGGACCUCCUGUUUGCCGAUCUCCCCCCGGAGCUGUUGCUACGGACAACCGUAUCCUCCCCCGAUCAGUACCUCCUCUCUCUGGAGAACCACUUUAACGGAGGGGGUUCCCCCACUGACAGUGAGACAGGCUUCUACACACGCUCCUAUUACACCUCAAGGGAAGCAGACGUCUGCAUAGCAAAACCUGCUGGUGCUCUCAGAACAUUCCACUUACAGAGUUUAUUGUCUCGUAUUCGUGGUGAUCUGGAAGUGUUACAAAAGCUCCGAUGUCCCCAUCUGGUUGUUCCAGUGGGAAUCCAUUAUUGCCCCCCCUCUCUGGCCCUGGAGUUUGCCCCCUGUGGCAGUCUGAGCUCCCUGCUCAAGCGAGGAAGGUCACACAUAAGAAGGGAUAUCAUACAUCACAUAUCACUGCAGUUGCUACAAGCGUUGAAGUUCUUCCACGAUCGAGACAUAACCUAUCACAGCAUCAACUCAGACCAUGUGCUAGUGUGGAGCAUGGAUCCUGUUUUGGUGAAGCUGUCUGAUGCAGGAAUCACUCACUCUGAGAGCAGCUGUGAUCUCUGUGGCUACCUGCACUCCAUCCCCAACUCCACACUGAGAGCAAAGACUGCCAGUAGAUGUGACUAUGUUCUGCUGGGUCUAUUGGUGUACCAGAUGGCGACAGGGAAGUGUCCCUAUGACAGCAUCCACUCUCUGAACAUGCUGGCCAUUGCCACUCUCGAGGGAAAGGUCAAUCUCAGUGUGGAAGCUGAGCACUUUCUGCAAAACCAACAGGUGGACAGUGAGAAUACCUAUGCAACAGGUUGUCAGCGUCUGUGUCUCCAGUCGGCCAUUGAUGGUUGUGUGACUGUCUCCCAGCCUCUCUCUACCUCGGUCCUUCAGGCACGCUUCAGUCUGUGUGCCGGCGAUUACCAGUGGUCACCCAUGAGGCUACACGUCAACGUGGAGGCUAUGAUCUGCUCGGAAGACGCCGAUUAUGUCUACUGGGCCUCAGGCUCUCGUGGUCUCGUUACGGGGACCAUUCAGCCUAUCAAUGGAGAGUUGCUCAGCAACAUCCUUCAAGAAGCACCACCUCCCGAAUCGGGAAUGUUUGCAAAUCGACGAGCGAAACCUGUACCUAUUGCGGUUGGUCGAGCCACUUCUGUCGCUUUGGUGUCGCGCACCCAACAGUUGUGGGUGGGGACUGAGAAUGGGCAAAUGGGAUCUGUGUAUGUGUUCAAUUUACCAGACAUGAGAAGACACCAUCACAUUCAUCUACAAGAUGCUGUAUUGUCUAUUUGUGCUGUGAACAGUACUGCCGAGAGACUGGGAGAAGAGGGGGGAAUGGUGUAUCGUGUGCUGGUCGGCUUGGCCAAUGGAACGGUCAUCUUGUUUCUGGGUGUGAAAGGAGACAAGGUUCUCGAGAAUCCCCUACUGGGCCCUAAACAGAUUGUCAUCACUUACUGCCGCAAACCGUGCCUGGCGUUGGAACUGACAAGAGAUGGUUACAUCUGGUGCAGUGUGGGAGAGUCCCUGGAGGUGUUCGAUAUGAAGACUCUUAAAUCUGUUCGACGACUCAACUGUCAGAUCUCGUCACCAGACGAUUCUGCUGGGAGGCGUAGUGCAUGUCGUGGUGAUGUCAUCAUCCUAAUGUGUGUCAACAGUCUUGGGGUGUGGACUGUGAGUAGGCGGAGUCACGUGCUGCGACUGUGGGACCAAUUCAACGGCUCUCUCCUCUCAUCAUACAGUGUUCGGAACAUUCUGAUCAAUGAUGAGCCAGACAUCACAGCCCUGUCCAUACACGGAGGAGCAGUUUGGCUGGGCACCAGGAACGGUUACAUCUUUGUCCUGGACGCCAACAAAAUGAGCUGUGCCUGCGACGACCCUCUCCUGGGUCUGCAGUUCUGUGGGGAGGGGAGAGUGAAGGGGAUACUCCCUCUAAAGCCCUGGAAGAAAGUCACAUCAAAACUAGAGGUGCUGUGCAGUCUUGAGCUCCCUGACGAGGUGUCUGGUAUGCUCAUGUCGUGGGAGUACCUCCCCCACAAUCAGUCAGCUAUCCCCACUCAAGCUGCAGGGAUCGUGCCUCGUACUCUCAGCACUCCUAGGGGUGUGGCUAUAGCCAUACCAACCACACCCACCAGAACUAACGGCGAUUUACAUGUAUUGGAGAUGUGUAAAUCUGUGUGAUUUUUCUUUUACUGGCAGUGUGAUCAUUCAACUCAUCAUUUCUUUUUGAACAAUGUUUUAAUAAAAAAUAUUAUAUUGACAGUA